GUGAGGUAAGGCAACAGGUGUGAAAACUGAACUAAACGCUCGGGGCACCAGCAACUUAACCGAAGCCCUGGUACAGCCUAGAGGAGGAAUCAGUGGUCCAUUUCCCCAGGCGGUGUGAUGAAAAGCUGGAAGACCCAGGGGAAGGCCAAGGCUCAGGUGCCCACAUGAUCAGCACAGCCAGGGUACCUGCGGAUAAGCCAGUACGCAUUGCUUUCAGCCUUGAUAAUGCCUCAGAUGAUACACCUUCUGAAGACGCCAUUCCUCUGGUCUUUCCAGAAUUAGACCAGCAGCUACAGCCUCUGCCGCCUUGUCAUGACUCCGCGGAAUCCAUGCAGGUGUUCAAACAGCACUGCCAAAUAGCGGAAGAAUACAAUGAGGUCAAAAAGGAAAUCGCUCUGCUUGAGGAAAGGAAAAAGGAGCUCAUCGCCAAGCUGGAUCAGGCAGAGAAGGAGAAGGUGGAUGCCGCUCAGCUGGCUCGGGAAUUCGAGGUGCUGAUGGAAGAGAACCGGACGUUGAAGUUGGCUCAGUCCCAAUGUGUGGAACAGCUGGAGAAACUUAGAAUACAGUAUCAGAAGAGACAGGGCUCGUCCUAACUUUGAAGGAUUCAGUGUGAGCAUAGAAGGUUGGUGACUGCUGUGUGCUGGCCAAAAGAUUUUUAUUUUCAAGGGCUAGUGUGUAAAUGUUAUUAUUCCUUUUUAUUACCCACAUGGCAGACGUCUAUAAUGAAUUUAAUGCUUGCCCGAUCGAGUUUGACAGAAGGGAUAUUUUAUUUGAAAUAAGAUGAUUAAAGCAAACCUAUGGCCAUAUAUGUUUUCAGAGAUCAAUUAUUCAUUCCAAAGAUUUUUUUUUUUCUUCUUUAGGAAGAUGUGAUCACCCUGUACAUCAGGGUACAAAAUGAAGGAAAAUAGAAUAUUGACUGACUCGACUAAGAAUCCUGAACAGAAUUGAGCCAUGAAACAAACUAGCGAGAGGCUUGCCACAGGUUCAUAUCCGUGUAUCUUUAAACUUCACAUCUUGACUCUUUCAACUGUGUUCAGACCUGAAGUCAGAAAUGUCUGCACACAUAUUUAUGUUCACCAAAGUUGGGUUAAAUCCCUCAAUGAUUGAUUGUACUAAGAAUAAAUGCUUGCCUAUCAUAAACGCUUUCUCAUGAAAAUAUUAGCAGAAAGCAUGUUUGUGCCAAAACCACAUCUGCCAGUGCUGACUUGCUGUUGGAAUAAAAGGCUGAUAAGGCUGCAUUUCUUUUACGCCAUGUUAUCAACCAGUAAACAUCUCUGCCUUUGCUUGUGUGUGUUCUGGGGGCAUGGGUGGGGGGGGGAUGGAAAAGUAUCGUUUGGACAUGACUUUGGUGAGUUCCCAUGAAAACAUCAGCAAAACUGUAACUCUGACUUUGUUUUGGAUUUGAGGAGGUAUUUUGGAUCAGCAAUAACAAGUAGGAUAUAUGAAUAAAUUCAGGAAUAAAAUGAUCUUUCCCUUGUUCCACCUAUCACUGUCUUUCCCCAAACUGAUCUCUUUGUUUUAUGUCCAUUUCUAUUCAUGUAACUUCUUUUUCAUUAAACAUGAAUCAAA